UAUAAAAAAGUCAACAUGUUUAGUAGAAUUAUUCCACACAGAAAAUUCAUUCGGCAAAUAGUUUUCGUUCCGGCAUACAAACCGCCAGAUCAGGAGGAUUAUGAAAAACUUCGUGAGUUUCUUCAAACUAACGAUAGGGUUCUCAUAUUAACAGGUGCAGGAAUAUCUACAGAAUCAGGUAUUCCAGAUUAUCGUUCUGAAGAAGUUGGUUUGUACGCCCGUAGCAAUCAUAAGCCCAUACAGUAUCAAGAUUUUGUAAAGUAUCCUAAAGUGAGACAACGAUAUUGGGCGAGGAACUUUGUCGGUUGGCCAAAGUUCAGCUCAGUGGAACCAAACACCACACACUACUCCAUCAGAGAAUUGGAAAAGGCUGGUAAAGUAACAGCAAUUGUGACUCAGAAUGUAGACAGAUUACACCAUAAGGCAGGUUCAGAGAAUGUUAUAGAACUUCAUGGGACAGGCUAUAUUGUUAAAUGUAUGACAUGCCCCUAUGAAAUAGAUCGGUUUAAACUCCAAGAUAUAUUGUUGAAAAAUAAUCCUAGCAUGGAAAGCAGCUUCAGCACAAUUAGACCUGAUGGAGAUGUAGAUUUAUCUCAGGAACAAGUUGACAAUUUCCGAACACCUGUUUGUCCAAAAUGUGAAGGUCCUCUUAAACCGGAUAUUGUAUUUUUCGGUGAUAACGUUCCCAAAGACCGUGUGGAACAAGUAAGGAAACAGGUUUCUGGUAGUGAUGCUGUGUUCGUAUUGGGGUCUAGUUUAACCGUCUAUUCAAGCUAUAGGAUAAUCUUACAGGCUAAAGAGGAGAAAAAGAAGGUUGCCGUAUUAAACAUUGGACCCACAAGAGCUGACGACAUUGUUGACUUAAAAGUUUCUACAAAGUGUGGAGAAAUAUUGACAGACUUGUGCAAUGUAUUUAAAGUAACCUGACAUUUUAAUAACAAUUAUACUCGAUAAAGUUGUGAUAGUUUACCUCAUACAUUGUAAUUUGUUUUAGUUUAGAAUGUUUCAGUUAAGUUGUUGAUAAUUUUAACAAAAUUUAAUAUAAAUAAAAGCACAAUAUUUUGUUAAAUAA